UUGAAAUGUUAUUGCAUUUGUAACAUGGUUUCCUUAGGAAUGGUUUGUAGAUGGUCUAUUAUGUAAAUACAAUUUCUUAUAAGGAAACUGAAUCAAAUUGUUCUUUAGGUUGCAUUUUUUAUUUCCUUUUUGGAGUAUAUUCAGGAAAGGGCACUGAGACAAAGGGGGCUGGGAUCUUUUUAGUAUUUGGCUUUUAUUUAGAUAUACUGUCCCAGCUCUUAAUACAAUACUGUGCUUAUCACAUUUUAAAAUUUCUCAACCAAUGCACAGCUUCUGAGAGCCAGGGGAGGGGGCAUUGUUCCCCAAGACGUGCAUGUUUCUGCUGCCAUUUACUACAUCCCAUUUAUUCUGUGUGAACAGCUGGAAAAUGAGCAUCACAGACAUCCUUAGCGCCGACGACAUCGCAGCAGCCCUGCAGGAAUGCCAAGACCCAGAUACUUUUGAACCCCAAAAAUUCUUCCAGACAUCAGGCCUCGCCAAGAUGUCGGCCAGUCAGGUGAAGGAUGUUUUUCGUUUCAUAGACAACGACCAGAGUGGAUACCUGGAUGAAGAAGAGCUUAAGUUUUUCCUCCAAAAGUUUGAGAGUGGUGCUAGAGAACUGACAGAGUCAGAAACCAAGUCCCUGAUGGCGGCUGCGGAUAAUGAUGGAGACGGGAAAAUUGGGGCUGACGGUAUGUUCACACCUGUGAGAGACUUUAGCUCAGGCAGCAUUGGGGGCGGGGCUUUGGCCAUGACAUCAGACAGAUGUGGGUUAAAACUCCCCUUUCUCAACCUUGCUGAGCCUCAGUCUUCUCAUCUGUAAAAUGGAACUAAAGUGAGGAUGUAAAUGAUGUCUAUAUAGACUCCGGCAUGAUGCCUGAGGAUGGACCACAGAAGCUGGUCCCUCUGGUCACUGUCUAUGAACUGGAAAGUAUCCUUCACCUGAAUAGAGGACUAGCAACUUGCCUGGCCAAUUAUUUGCAAAGACAUCCUAACGCACUUUAAGAAUAAUGUACAGAAUUCCCAGGAGCGGGAUUUGAGUCUCUCUGAAUAAGGGGAGGACUGACAUUGUCCAGUACAUCUCAUACCAAAAAGUCUGUUGACUUGAGUAGGAAAUCCUCAUAGCUUUCAAGGGUUUAAACAAAUAUGUUUCAUUGGACAUUAGCAAGUCCAAUUGCCAAUUGCAUUACUUGGACAUUAGCAAGUGGGCAAUAUUAGAGAACAAAGAAAUCAAUCACCAUUUAUGGUCUUCCAGGUGCCGGGCCCGGUACUCGGAUUUUAGCAUAACUGCAUGGUUGCAGGAUUACCUUUAUCUGAUUCUGUCCUGUUCCUUCCACGCUUUGUAGCUGCUCUUGCGCACAUCAGCUCAGGAGAACUUAGGUGUGUUCCUUAUGUUGGUACUAAUUAAAAUUUAAAACUGC